UGGAUUCGGCCCUCUCUCCAUUUGGGCCAUGAUGACGUCGACGGGCCUAUGAAAACCUUCGUACAAGUCAAGCUGCAGGAAGUACAACUCAUUCUCACACAAAGCACAAAAUCAUCCAGAUCUCUCUUUCUUCCCCAACACCACCAAAAUUAAUCCCCGAUUGAUUCACAGCUGCCUGCGAAAAUACAGUAAUCUUAAUCUUCCAGAAAUGGCGGCGCUAAAUCUCCGUCAGAAGCAUACCGAGUGCAUAAUCCGGAUGCUGAAUCUGAACCAAGCGGUGGGCAGCGCCACCGGAACGGCGAACGAGGAGGUGUACAAGAUCCUGAUCUACGACAGAUUCUGCCAGGACAUACUCUCGCCGUUGAUCCACGUCAAGGACCUGCGUAAGCAUGGCAUCACACUCUACUUCCUCCUAGAUAAGGAUCGGAAUCCCGUACACGACGUCCCCGCCGUUUACUUCCUCCGGCCGACGUCGUCCAAUGUGCAGCGCGUGAUCUCAGACGCCUCCAGAGCGCUCUACGACUCCUUCCACCUCAAUUUCUCCUCCUCCAUACCCAGGCCUCUCCUAGAAGACCUUGCCACCGGAACAAUUAGCUCUGAUUCAAUUCAGAGGAUAUCGAAGGUGCACGAUCAGUAUCUGGAAUUUGUGACCCUAGAAGAUAACUUAUUCUCACUUGCCAAUAAGAAUUGUUAUGUUCAGUUAAACGAUCCCUCUGCGGGAGACAAAGAGAUCGAGGAAAUUAUCGAAAAGAUUGUUGGGGGGUUGUUCUGUGUUUUGGCAACCCUUGCAGUUGUGCCCAUUAUUAGGUGCCCUCGUGGUGGGCCCGCUGAGAUGGUGGCUUCUUUGCUUGAUCAGAGAUUGCGCGACCAUUUAUUGGCAAAGAAUAAUUUGUUCACCGAGGGCGGCAACUUUACCAGCUCUUUUCAGAGGCCAAUUUUGUGUUUGUUCGAUAGGAAUUUCGAGCUGUCUGUGGCAAUACAGCACGACUUCAGGUAUAAGCCACUCGUUCACGAUGUGCUCGGUUUGAGAUUGAAUAGACUAAACGUGAAAGGAGAGAAGGGAGGGAUGAAGUCGUUUGAACUGGACCGCUCAGACCCGUUUUGGACCGCGAACGGGUCGCUGGAGUUUCCAGAAGUUGCUGUGGAGAUCGAGACACAGUUGAACAAGUACAAGAAAGACGUGGAGGAGGUGAACAGGCGGACAGGUGGCGACGAGGCGGAGUUCAGUGGCACGGAUUUGAUUGGCAACACAAAGCAUCUAAUGAAUGCUGUGAACUCUCUCCCUGAAUUGACCGAGCGUAAGCAAGUGAUUGAUAAGCACACUAAUAUUGCCACCGCUUUGUUGGGUGAGAUUAAAGAGAGGUCGCUCGACUCUUUCGCCAAAAAGGAGAGUGACAUGAUGGUCAGAGGUGGGAUUGACCGUGCUGAACUCGUCGGUGUGCUCAAAGGCAAAGGGACUAAGAUCGACAAAUUACGUUUCGCAAUAAUGUAUCUAAUUUCGACAGAAACAAUUCCUCCUUCUGAAAUCGAGGUGGUGGAAACUGCACUAAGGGAAUCCGAGGUCGACACAAGUGCGUUUCAGUACGUGAAGAAGAUUAAAGCGUUGAAUGUUUCUUUAGCAUCUGCCAGUUCUGCAAGCAGGAGCAAUAUUGUCGAUUGGGCUGAAAAGCUGUACGGACAGUCGAUUGGUGCUGUAACUGCUGGCAUGAAGAACUUGCUGUCUAACGACCACCAAUUGGCUUUGACUAGAACAGUUGACGCACUAAUGGAGGGGAAACCGAAUCCGGAAAUCGACUCUUAUCUCAUAUUCGAUCCGCGUGCGCCAAAGUCAACCGCCGGUCAAAGCCACAUGAAAGGGCCGUUUAAAGAAGCGAUCGUGUUCAUGGUUGGUGGUGGGAAUUACGUUGAGUACGGGAGCUUGCAAGAACUCGUUCACCGACAGCAACCUGCCAAACACGUCAUUUAUGGGACCACAGAAAUUCUAUCGGGAGACGAGUUCGUGGAGCAGCUUGCACUGCUUGGGCAGAAAAUGGGUUUAGGAAACAGUGUUAAUAACAACACAGGGCCAUCUAAAUAAAACGUGGGGUUUUUUUUUUUUUCUUCUUUUUUUCCUCUAAUUGGAAAUAUAGUGCAUGUUCUUGAUUAUGCAUUACAGGUGUUCGAAAUCAGCUAUCUGAUCAUGGGUUCUUGAUCUUGCUUUCUGGUGGUGCUAUUUGGCGACUAAGACUAAGAAUGUACGUACUUUACUGAACUGGGAAACGUUCUUUUUUUUUUCCUUUCUUAGAGAAAUGCGUUUGUAAUUUGUUUUUGUAGAGAUGGUGUUGUUAUGUCUGGUUUUCAUGGAGCACUAACCUGCUUAUCGACUUCCAAUUUGUUGCGUAUUAUUACAUACUCGAGGUAUAAAAUUGUUCCUAAUUAUUCUGCAAAAAAAAAAAAAACACGAGCUUAUUCAAUUUGGGGGCUGGUACUGGAUGUAGAGUUAUCGAUAAGCUGUAGGAUCAUAUGUUGGCUUUUUACAAUUUUAUAUCGUAUGUAACGUGUAGUAUCUUGGAUUACGAAUUUAUAACUUUAUUAUAUACAGUGUGCUCUUUGCAUUUAUUGAUG